AUGCUGGAUCAAAUUUUCUCGAGUGCCUUCACAUGGACACUUAUUGCCAUCCUCGCCGGGUGGUAUCGUUAUGCAACCAAACAGCGACCAAUAUUUCCAGUUGUGAAUGAUUACCAGGGCGAUUUUUUCCGUCGCAAAGCAUAUCGCGAAUACAACCAGAAUGCGAAAAGGCUCAUCGUCGAGGGUCUCGCCCAGCACGGUAGUCCGAUCACGUUACGUACGCCGGACGGGCUGAAAAUCGUGCUUCCAUCUGCUCUGAGCGAUUGGGUCAAGACAAACAGGGACCUCGACCACCAAGAAUUGAUCAGGGAAGAAUACUUUGCGGGAUUCCCGGGAUUCGAGGCUCAGUAUACACUCCACGCCCCCGACAAUAUAUUGAUUAACCUGCUGCGGACGAAAUUAUCUCAGAACGGAGAGAUUAUCCCCACGGUCAACCGCCAUAUUGGACCGGCGCUCCAACAUUACUGGGGUGAUAGUGGCAUCUGGUCUCCCCUUGAUUGGGAAAGUGAUACCAUGGGGAUUAUCUCUCGCGCGGCAGCCUCGAUCUUCGUAGGUCCCGAGAAGGCCGCAGAUACAGAGUGGCAAACGGUCGUUCAGGCCUAUGUGCGCGAGUAUUUCGCGGCCGUGAGGGAGCUGCAUGCAUGGCAUGCCCCGUUACGGCGGAUCGUACAGUGGUUUCUACCCCAUUCCUCGGCAUGUCGAGAGCUUUUGGGCCAAGCUCGCGCAAUCAUGCAGCAAGUUGUUCAAAAGAGGGAACAAGAAGCCAGAACUGCAGAGCAGCAAGGCUUGGCUGCACCGCAAUACAACGAUGUUCUUUCCUGGACCAUGCAAGUCCCUAACAACAAGCACCCAGCGGGGGAUAUACAGCUCGCUUUGGCGAUGGCAGCAUUGUUUACCACCACUGAACUCUUCAGGCAGAUUCUGAUCGACAUUGCGAAACAUCCCGAACUCGUCGAGCCAUUACGACAGGAAAUCCAAAAGUCACUGUCAGAUCACGGUCUGGGACUUGCUGCGUUGGCAAAGAUGGAAUUACUCGAUAGCGUGAUGAAGGAGUCGCAAAGACAGAUUCCUGUUACAGUGGGAUUGGAGCGCAAGGUCAUCCGUGACACAUCUCUACCGGAUGGGACGAGACUUCCCAAGGGAUCUCAUAUUGCGGUCGACUCAACCGACAUGUGGAAUCCAGAGGUUUACGAGGACCCUGAAGCAUUCGAUGGGUAUCGUUUCUUGAAGCGACGUCAUGCAGGAGAAAACGCGAGCCAAUUUGUGCAAUCCAGUCGAGAGCAUAAUGUGUUUGGGGGUGGUAGACAUAUAUGCCCCGGUCGCUUCUUUGCCGCUACCGAGCUGAAGUUAUGUUUGGCCCACAUUCUGUUCGAAUAUGACCUUCGGUUAAAGGAAGGAUACGAUUCGCAACCUAUGGCACACGGGGUUUAUGCGAUUGUUGACCCUGUGGCUCAAUUGGAGAUUCGGCGGAGAGAAAAAACUGGGGAAUUAGCAUUUUGA